GUGUGGAUUUUCUUCUAUGCCGUCUUCUCAGCGCCCUUCCUCUGAUUUGGAAUUGGUGGGAUUCUUAGAAUUCAGAGAGAUCAACAGCAAUUAAGCAAGCAUGACUAGAAAGAAGGUGAAGUUGGCAUUCAUAGUGAAUGACUCAGCUAGGAAGGCAACAUUCAAGAAGAGGAAGAAGGGUCUGAUGAAGAAGGUGAGUGAACUUAGCACCCUCUGUGGGAUUGAUGCAUGUGCUAUAGUUUAUAGUCCUUAUGAUCCUCAACCUGAGGUUUGGCCAUCCCCAAUGGGGGUUCAAAGGGUGCUUGCCAAGUUCAGGAGAAUGCCUGAAUUGGAGCAAAGCAAGAAGAUGGUGAACCAAGAGAGUUUUCUGAGGCAGAGAAUCCUAAAGGCCAAAGACCAGUUGAAGAAACAAAGGAAGGACAAUAGGGAAAAAGAGAUGACUCAGCUCAUGUUUCAGUACCUCAGUGCUGGUAAAAUUAUGCAUAAUAUAAGCAUGGUUGAUUUGAAUGAUCUGGCAUGGUUGAUUGACCAGAAUCUGAAGGACAUCAACAGAAGGAUUGAGGUGUUGACUAAGAAUGCUCAGAGUCAAACCCAAGUUGCAGCACCAGCGGUGACUGAUGCUGUUUCCAAGAUUGAAGACAAGGGGCAAGGGAGUCAUAGUGGCCAGGGAUUUGAUAUCAACAUGGAUCUCAUGCAGAAGCAGAACUGGUUUAUGAACUUGAUGAAUAAUGGUGGUGGUGGGAAUGAGACUAUGCCUUUUGGAGAUGUUAAUCAACAAAAUGGCUUUUGGCCAAACCCAUUUUUCCAUUGAAAGAUGCACGUGCUUGGUUUGAUGUUUAGUUAUCAUUGGCAUUCACUUUUGUGUCUGAGCAUGAGAAUAAGUGACCAAGGAAUCAUGGUAAAAAAGGGUUCUUAAAUAGAAUAAAUACCCUUCUGGUGUGGCUGUUUAUUUGAAGAUUUGGUACUGUUUAGAAAAGGAAGCAUGUUUACCUUCCGAAAAAAGUUGUAAAUUACUUUAUCCCAUGAAUUAAUUUAUAGUUUCUUAUCAUGUUCUUGAAAAAAUGUCAUUACCUUUCAUAAUACUAUUAACAGGCGUUGCUUGUUUAGCAGAAUCUAAAAUUGAAAUACAGAAAAAAGAAGAAGCUUAAAGUAGUACUUUAUGUUUUUCUUUUAAAGAUGGAGUUAUAAACAAGUGUUGGUUGUUUGAGAUAUCAUGCCAUUGAUUUACUGCAUAUAAUUAGUGUACCCUUGAGAUGCCAACUUUAUUGGAAUAUUUUAAUUUCACAGUGGGAUUAUAAGCAUGUCACCUUUAUUUUAAAAAAAAAGAUCUGAUGCAUCAUGACUAGGAUUGUCACCACACCAUCAUUGCUUCCACUCUUGAUCAUCACCACCAGCUCCACUGUAGUAAAAAUCAUGUCCUAAG